ACGAUCCAAAACUAUAGAUAGUGUGUUAAUACGGAGCGCUGUAAUUCAGUUCACAAAUGAAACUGCAUUCACUAAUUAUGUUGACAGAUUAUGUUGACGUUGGCCAGGAAUCCUGUGUCUUCAUAUUUGUGCUGUUUUCUCUGCUCUAUGCAGCCGCGGGGAGGUAGUAUCAACCAGCCGGAAUAUAGCAGUGUCACAUGGUGGGAAACAUGGAAGUCUCGGCGGCGUGUAUCGGAGAGCGGUCAUUUGUUGUCCCAUUUUCGGUUUUGGCGAUGGGUGAAAAAUUACAGGAGCCUGGAAAAAAGUAUAUUUGCUCGUUCCCAGACUGCGGAGCGUCGUACAACAAGUCAUGGAAACUGGAGGCGCAUCUGUGCAAACACACUGGCGUGAAGCCGUUUGUGUGCGAGACUGACGGCUGUGAUAAGAGCUUCUGCACGAAGAGCCACUUGAGUAGACACAUGCUGAGCCACAGCGGGGAGCGGCCCUUCAGGUGCUCUGAGGAAGGCUGCUCCAAAGCCUUCACCACCAACUCCAAUAUGCGGAAGCAUGUGAGCCGCAGGCAUCAGAGCAUAGAGAAGCCCUAUGUGUGUGGCUAUGAUGGCUGUAGACAAGCCUUUAAGAAGAAUAUGCAGUUGAAGAGCCAUGAGUACACACACACAAACGUGCCCCCGUUCCAGUGCAACUUUGAGGGGUGCGGAAGACGCUUCACUGUCCCCAGCAGACUCAGACGGCAUGAGAAGGUGCAUGCAGGCUAUCCCUGUACUGAGGAUGGCUGUGACUUCCAGGGAGAAAACUGGAGCAAGUAUCAGAAACACAGAAAGGAGACACAUCGAGCUCAGUAUCAGUGCCCCAGCUGCAGCAAGGUCUUCAAAGACUCCUGGGUCUUGCGGCAGCACCAGCAUGUUCACCAGAAAGAGCGUGAGGUGUUCCGCUGCCCCCGGGAGGGCUGUGAGCGCACAUACACAACAAUGUUCAACCUGCAAAGCCACAUCCUGUCCUUUCAUGAGGAGGCGCGGCCAUUUGUCUGCACCCACCCUGGCUGCACAAAGACCUUUGUGAUGAAGCAAAGCUUGGUGAGACAUGGUGUUGUCCAUGACCCAGAGAAGAAGCUGCAGAAGCAGCCCCGCCCACGGCGUUCGCUGGCUUCCUGUCUCAGUGGCUACCAGCCCAAGCAGGGCAGUCAAUCGGAGUCCAACAAGCUGGCUAUGCUGCUGAAGGACACCAGCCUGGAUAAGGCAGAUAAACCCAGCCCCACACUCCCUGAGUGAUUUGGGGGUGGUGGUUUUUUUUUUUUCUUCCAUGUAAAGCACAUGUAAAAUAAAAGUCACU